GCUACGUCGGAAGUCGGAAGCAGACGAAAAAGCUAGGAGCGAGCGAGCAUUACGUCUAGCCGGCGGAAUUUGAACGAUCAAAUUGCCGCCGGCGCGCGCAUUAAACCCUAAGCCCUCGGUUCCUUGCUCGGGAAGUCGGCGAUGGAAGCCGUCGGAGAGAGCUCUUCCGGUCGUCCCAAGUCCGACGGCGACGGCGACGGCGACAAGCCAUUGAUCGUUCGGGUCAAGCGCAAGGCCUUCCAGUCCCCUGUCGACGCUUUCUGGUUGGAAAUCAACGAGAGGCCGCUGAAGAGACCGUUUCUCGAUUUCGAGAAUUUGUCUAUCUCAGACGCUUCUGUAAAGGAGAAUGAGUUGAAGAUUAAAAGGGUGUUAGUGAAACAUGUUGAAAGCACAAACAGCUCCGAGGCUGACUUUGAUUUAUUGCAAUCAUUUCUGCCUAGAUCUGCUGAAGUGUCUGGAUCUAAUACAAUUAUGGAGGAAAGAAGACGCGCAUUUAAAAAGGACAAUAUACAAGAGGAGUUGCUGUCUAAAGCGAGAGAGGCAAAAGAGACAAUUGCAAAGAAUGCUCGCUUUGAGCAAAUAUGGAGGAGACGUAAAGGAAGCGAAGAGGACACGGACAACAAAGCAUUUCAUGAAAUGUAUCAGUUUUAUGAUGUUGUUCGUGUUGACGGUGAAGAAAAAACCAGUACGGUCCCAAAGGAAGAAGAUUUAUCGUUGGACGAUCAGAGGAUGUUAUCUAGUUAUCUACCUCUUUUGAGAGAAUUUAUUCCAAAUGCUGCAGCUGAGAUUGAAUCCGAUUUGAAGGUCCACAAGUCCGAACAAGGAGCCACCAAUGAUUAUAUAUAUGACUACUAUACAGUAAAUGAUGACGCAGACAUGUGGAAGGACAAUUCUUUUAGCCAAUUUCCGCUAGUGCAAGUGGAUGAGGAUGGUUAUUUUGAUGGCCUUGAUGAAUCAGAUAUCGAGAGCGAUGACUCUAAUGCCGAGGAUAAUCCUCUGAAUGAUUAUCCUGAUGAGGAAUCUGAAGAGGAAAUCAAGAGUGAAGAUUCCGAUGACCAAUCUGAAGAAGGAGAAGAAAAGGAAGAAGACGACGACGAGGAGAGUGCUAAGAAUAGCUCUUCAGAAUCUGAGGAUUUUGUACCUCGUUCUUCGUCAGAUAUAGAUGCUUCAUUUGAAGAUGUGAUGGGGUUUGAUGACAAUGUUCUUGAUCAUGAUCAUGAGGACGGUGAGGGUGAGGGUGCUGAUUGGAGAUCGUCCUACCGAUGAAGCUUCGCCAACAUGAAUCAGAGGCAUUUAGUCACCUGUCGAUCUGUAGCGGGGGUCGAAGUGCUAUUAGUAAUUGUUGAUAUUUGCCUUGUUCAGCUUGUUUACGCACGAGAGACGAUCUCGCUUCAUUUAGAACUCUGGUAAUAGAUUGUUUGUUGAUACUGGGAGUGAUUCGGUGGAUCGACCAAAAAAAUGCAUAUAGGCCUCUCCGAAUGUA